AUGGCUGGUUCCUUGAGAAGCAUUGAAUUGACGUGAGUUAAACUAGUUUUUUUAAAGAAGAAUGAUAAAAUAAUUCUCAAUUAAUUCAGGAAUGACGUGUUCAUCAAGCAAGUUGCGAUUCUUCAACAAAAACUGCAAGAAUUAUCGAUUUUUUCGAAACUUUGCAAUUCAAGCAAAGCGCAUUAUCAAAAACUCAAAGGAGACACUUCGCAAAAAUCGUCUAGAUAUCGAAUAGAAAUCGAAAACGUUGCCAAGGAAAUCAAGGAUCUUAUCGAUUCCUCAACUUCAGAAAUCAAAAUAUUGAUUGAGAAAUUGGAAGAAUACGAAAAACACGAUUUAGAAGAAGUGGAAACUUUGAAUCUUCAAAAACUAUUCGAUUUUCCAUACGAUGAGAAGAUUGCGAAAAUGACCAAGGAAAACGAGGAAUAUGAGAAGAGUUUGGAGGCUGAAAGUGAGAAGGAAAAGCUGCUUGAGGAGGAAAUCGAUGUGUUGAAUAGGGAUUACGAUGUGAAAUCGAGAGAAGUUCAAAAAGCGCGGGAAGAGCUUCGGGAGCUUGAUGAAUUGGUGAUUGCGAAGAGGGAGGAGAUUCAGAAGAGGAAUGUGGAUAGUCAAUUGGCAAAUGAGGAAAAAGUGGGGAAUUUGAGGAAAUAUGUGGAGGAAUUGGAGAGGGAUAAUAUUGCGCAGCAGGCGGAAAUCGAGAAUUCUUUGAAAGAACAAGCAGAGCUGGAUAGUCAAAUCGUAGAACUUGGAAAACAAGAAUCAGAGAAGAUCAAGACACUUGAAGAGAUCAAUAAAUUGCUUGCGGAAGUCGAGAAAAUCGAGGAUUUUUCAGAGGAAGAUCGCGAAUUAUUCAAGGAUAAUCUCGAAUUAUUUGAGGAAUUUUUGAAUGUUGAGCAAGAAAUUGAGAAAGAUCCGGAGAUUGUGCAAUUGAGAAAGGAGAUUGAAGCUUUGAAGGGUGAGUUUCAGUUAAAACCAGUUCUAAUUUAAGUUUUAAUCCUUUUUUUCUUUUCAGAAAGCCGCGUUGAACUUGAGAAAGAAGUUUCCGAGAGUCUCGAAGUCAAAACUCGUCAUGACAAUGUUUUGGCAGAAUUUGAUUUGUUGAAUGAAGAAGUGGAAGCUUUGAAUUUGAAACUCGAGGAAUAUCAAUUGAAAGUUGAUGAGCAGGAAUCUAUGAAGAGACAAAAUUCUGCGAAUUUCAGAACUCCUGAGUUGGUUAAGAAGAGCAAGAGUUUAAAGAAAAGUUUAACACUCACAACUGAUAGUGGUGAGCAUUUUUUUUUUCACUUCAGGACCUAAAAAUUCACAAUUUCCUAUUUUUCCAGGCUUCCAACAUAUCUCAAAUGAUCCAAUAUCAUAUCCUGGAAUUCAAAGAAUCACAUCAAGUCUGAAAAGAAAACUUGAAACGGAAGCUCUCAAAAACGAUUCAAUAAUCGACUCAUUCCAAAGUUCAAUCGAUAAUAAUUCAUUAUUGUUGUCUUCUGAAUCUGGAACAACAGCUGAUGGAUCUUUGAUGGGUGGAAUGUUCAGUCCGUUGAAAAAUCCGCCGAUUUUGAAACAAGAAGAUGAGAAGAAAGAGGAUUUCGAAGAAUUUUCGAUGAUGGAUCAUUUCAAACAAUAUACGACUGGAGGAAAUACACGUGGAAAACGAGCUAGAAAAUCGGAAGGUUUGGCUGAAAAUCAGAAUCAACCAUCAAAAUCGAGCGAUGAUACAAUGAUUGUUUCGAAUGAAGAGGAUGAGAUUUUGGAGAUUGAGAAACCUCAGGAGAAUUUCGACGAUAUUGAUGAUGUGAGAUUUUAUUUGAAAAUUUUGUAUUUUUAUAAAUUUUCGGCCAGAAAUUUGACUAGAAAUGAUGUUUUUGCUGAAAAUUUGAAAAAUUCAGCUAGAAAUCCAGUUUCCCCCUCAAAAAAUCUGAAAUUUUCAGUCGCUUGCCGCAAAUGAGAGUGAAUUGGAUCAAUCGAUUUGGACUGGCGAUUAUUGA